AUGGUGCACUCUACAGAACCCACCGCAAUACUGUCACAUCUCCACCGUACUGACGGCUCUGCAACCUUCUCGCAAAAUGGUUACACGGUCAUCGGCGCGGUCAAUGGCCCCCUCGAGAUCCAACGACGAGACGAGCUCCCAGAGGAAGCUGCUAUCGAUGUACUGGUUCGACCCGCGGCGGGUGUUGGGAGUACACGGGAACGACAUCUUGAAUCAAUCCUGCAAUCGACUCUGCGCCACAUCGUACUCAUUCACAACUUCCCCCGAAGCCUCAUACAGAUUACUCUCCAAAUCACAAGUACGCCAGAGAGCGACAGCGCAGGUUCGAAGUUAGUACAGGCAAGCUCGAAUCUACCCAUCCUGCCCGCCCUACUUCAAACCGCCACACUUGCCCUAUUAUCGGCCUCGAUGCCUCUCUCCAUGACAUUGACUUCGGUCUAUCUUGCUCUUUCCCCAGAGGGUAUUAUCAGUAAUCCCACGCCCCUCCAGUCUCAAAGCGCCAGCUCGAACCACGUUCUGGCCUUCACAUCCAAUGGGGACUUGUUGGUCGCGGAAAGUGAAGGAAGCUUCACGCUGAAAGAUUGGGAGGGUGUUUAUGAGGCGGGAAAAGCAAUUUGCUGCGACAAUUCUGGAGCUCACGGAGACUAUGCCAUGGGUGAUGACGAGAAGGAUGUGAGCUUGAGUGUGUUUCUAAAGUCCACCCUGGAAGAGAAGAUCAAGACGGACCUCCAAUGGAAGGAUUGA